AUGAUGAUCCGAAUGAGUCGCAAACAGCGGCUUAUCGCGACUAUAGCCAUUUCCUUCGUGUUCUUCGUGGCCGAGCUCUUUGCCGGACUCAUCACUCACUCUCUCGUUCUGGUUGCCGAUGCGUUCCACUAUUUGAACGACUUGAUUGGAUUUGUGGUGGCCUUGGAGGCUGUCGUGCUAUCCGAAAGUUCGAGGACGCCGCCAAAAGCCUUCACCUUUGGAUGGGCCCGGGCGCCCAUCUUGGGCUCGUUCUUCAAUGGCGUCUUCCUUUUGGCUCUCAGUGUCAGCAUCUCUAUCCAAGCCAUCGAACGGUUCGUUAACAUGACCGCCGUCGAACAUCCCAUGAUCGUGAUGAUUGUGGGAUGCGCUGGCUUAGGAUUAAACCUAGUGACCAUCAUGAUCGUCCAUGAGGCCAGAGAGGAUCAUGUAACCCUUGAUGAGAUGGAGGCUGCCACAGGAACAAGGGAUGGGACAACGCGAUCUGGGUCCACGUCGCGACCAUCAAAGGCUCUCAACGACCACCGCGAGCACAGGCACCUCUCCUUCGACCGACCUCUUCCACAUAGGAACCAUGGAGCCUUUGCGGUCCUCCUCCAUCUGAUUGGAGAUGCGAUCAGUAAUAUUGGCGUCAUAGCAUCGGCCCUCAUCAUCUGGCAAUGCCACGGAGAAAGGAGAUAUUAUGCAGACUCUGCUGUUAGCUUGUUCAUCUCAAUGAUCAUCUUUUAUACCGGCAUGAAAGCUUCAUGGAAGAGCGGUCUUAUCCUGCUCCAGACUGCCCCCAAGACGGUAGACCCAGAAGACGUAAAGCAUGAUAUACAGAUGACCACUGGGCCGGAAUCUGUGCACGAGCUUCACAUCUGGCAGCUCGAUGAGCACAGAACCAUCGCGUCUGCCCAUGUCAUUGUCGACGAUAUCAGCAGAUUCACUGAGAAGGCCAGGACCAUCAGGCAAUGUCUACACGCGUACGGCAUCCACUCGGUGACACUGCAGCCCGAAGUACGCCCUCAGCGCGCCUCCAACCAGCCUCAGCUUCUGAGCACAUCGGUUUCUCGGGGCUCAGAUGACGGAGCCACUGCGGGGAGCGUCGGGAUGCCGACGGACGACACCAAGGCGCUGACAGAAGGCGUCGUAGCGCCCAUUGCAGACAGCGGCUCGUCCAUAUACACACCAAAUGGCAGCUCGGACUGCCAUAUGCCGUGCGGAACUCGCUGUGCGGGAAUGAGGUGCUGCACGCAGGCAGACGUCUAG